AUGACGCGGCACAACCCCGAGGAGGCGAUCCGCGCGUUUGAGGCGAGCGCACAGCUGCAGGCCGCGCCGGACGCGCUGGCGGAGUACGUGCGCGCGCUGGUGGCUGUCGACCGCCUUGAUGGCAGCGCGCUCCUCGCCACACUGCAACGAGGCGCUGCGCGUUCCCCCUCCCCGUUCCCCGCCUCCCCCGCGCCGCUGUCGUCCAUGCGCGCGCCGCUGCCGGGGGCGGUGGGCGCGGUGGCGGUGGAGGGCGCGCUGGGGACGGCGAGCGCGCCGCUGCACAUGGUGGCGAGCGAGGGCGCGCGCGGACACGCGUGGCGCGCGCUCAGGUCGCUGGGCACGGCCGCCCUCGUGCUCGGCGCGCUCUGGGCCAUUGCUCGCGAGCGCGACGUGGGGCGCGGGUUGGGGUUGAACGAGGAGGUGCAGCCGAUGGCGGAGAGUGACACGCGGUUCAGCGAUGUCAAGGGCGUCGAUGAGGCCAAGGCGGAGCUCGAAGAGAUCGUGCACUACCUGCGCGACCCCAAGCGCUUCACACGCCUGGGGGGAAAACUGCCAAAGGGAGUGCUGCUGGUGGGCCCACCAGGAACGGGCAAGACGAUGCUAGCGCGCGCCAUCGCGGGCGAGGCGGGCGUGCCCUUCUUCUACGCCUCAGGCUCUGAGUUCGAGGAGAUGUUUGUCGGCGUCGGCGCGCGCCGCGUGCGCGAGCUCUUCGCCGCGGCCAAGAAAGCCGCGCCCUGCAUCGUGUUUCUCGAUGAGAUCGACGCCAUCGGGGGCAGCCGCAACCCCAAGGACCAGCAGUACAUGAAGAUGACUCUCAACCAGCUGCUCGUGGAGCUGGAUGGCUUUAAGCAGAACCAGGGCGUCAUUGUGGUGGCCGCUACCAACUUCCCGGAGAGCCUAGAUAAGGCGCUCGUGCGCCCGGGGCGGUUUGACCGCCAUGUGGUUGUGCCGAACCCUGAUGUGGAGGGGCGGCGGCAGAUUCUGGAGCAUCAUCUGCGCAAGAUCCCCCGAGCAGAUGACGUGGACGUGUCAGUCAUAGCACGCGGCACGCCAGGCUUCAGCGGGGCGGACCUGGCGAACCUGGUGAACGUGGCGGCUCUGCGGGCAGCCAUGGAGGGGCAGCGUGCGGUGGCGCUAGCGCACCUGGAGCACGCCAAGGACCGCAUCCUCAUGGGCGCCGAGCGCAAGUCCGCCGUCAUCUCCCCUCAGACGCGGCGCCUGACGGCGUACCACGAGGGCGGGCACGCGCUGGUGGCCGUGCACACGGCGGGCGCACACCCCGUGCACAAGGCCACCAUCGUCCCACGGGGCGUGGCGCUCGGCAUGGUGGCGCAACUGCCGGAGACCGACGAGGUGAGCGUGUCGCGCACGCAGAUGCUGGCCCGGCUGGACGUCUGCAUGGGAGGGCGGGUUGCGGAGGAAUUGGUGUUUGGUCCGGGGGAGGUGACUUCUGGUGCGUCGAGUGAUAUUGUCCAGGCGACGAGGCUUGCGAGGGAGAUGGUGACAAAGUAUGGGAUGAGCGAGGCGGUGGGUGUGGUGGCACAUGAUUACGAGGACGACGGGCGGUCUAUGAGCACGGAGACUCGGCUCACCAUUGAGAGGGAGGUGCGGGCGCUGCUGCAGCGCGCGCAUGACAACGCACGGGCCAUCCUGGUGAAGCAUGAAGCAGAGUUGCAUGCACUUGCAGGGGCGCUGUUAGAGAGGGAGACGCUCACAGGCGCACAAGACCGACAGCCGGCCAACGGCAUAUUCGACACUCACACUCGCCGCAACACUUCUGUGCGGCUCUCGGCGAUAGGCACCUCUAGCGUUGCGCACUCCCACUACUCCUCGCGUCGCGCUGCCUCGUACCGCAUUGAUCCAUUAGCCACCUUCCAUUCGCCCAUUCGCCUCCGUUCCGGUGUGCCCACCGCCCAUCCUUCUUUCCACGGACCAUCCCACUCGGCGGCAUCGCGCGCAGCCCCUUUCUCCCCGCGUCCCCUUCCCCCCCCUCUCCGCCAUGCGAUGACCCGUCCCCACUCCGCCGACGCCUCCAAACACUCCGCUCCGCCGUCCGCCCGCCGCUCCGCCUACCGCCUCGCCUCGCGCAUCUUCUCCCUCCCAUCCCGACUCGCCCACGCCGUCACACGACCGGCUGAUGGCGCCGGCAAUCUAGCCGGCAGCCGCUCCAACCGGCACCGCAACCGUUCGUCCUCGUCGUUCCUCUCCUCCGCCUUCCCCAUCUCCUUCCCCCGCGCCCGCCGCUCCCCCAGCGGCUAUGCCUCCGCGGACUCGUCGUGGCGCGGGGACGGCUGGCCGGCGGCGGACGGCACGGCGCGCAGCGACCACGUGGGGACGAUCACGGGGAAGCGGUACAGUGCGGUGAAGCUGGAACAGCUGUACGAGCUGGGCGGGUUCAUUGGGCGCGGGCAGAGCGGCGUGAUCAGCGCGUGCACGCACCGCCACACGGGCGAGCGGCUGGCCGUUAAGAGCAUUCUCAAGAAAACCAUCCACUCCGAAGGCACCGCACGCGACGUGCAGCGCGAGGUGCAGGUGCUGGGCAUGUUGCGCGGGCAUGCGCACGUGGUGCGAAUGGAGGGCGUGUUUGAGGACCAGACGGCUGUGCACAUCGUCAUGGAGUUAUGUGAAGGGGGCACGCUCACGCACCACAUCGCACAACAGGGCGAGUACAGCGAGCGCGCAGCAGCGGCGAUAAUGCGGGUGGUGUUGGAGGUGGUGAGGGCGUGUCACGCACAGGGCAUCGUGCACCGGGAUGUCAAGCUCGGCAACUUCCUGCUGAGCGACCAGUCAGACCACGCCACACUCAAAGCCAUUGACUUUGGCUCCGCCGCAUUCUGCCACCCAGGCGAGGAGCUAGAGGCGAUGGCGGGCAGUCCCAUGUACAUGGCACCGGAGGUGCUGGGGGAGCGAUACUCACAUCCCUGUGACGUGUGGAGCGCUGGCAUCAUGCUGCACACACUGCUCGCCGGCACGCCGCCCUUCCAAGGAGACUCAGUGCUGGCGAUAUUUGAGGCCAUCCGCACGGCACCAUUGGACCUGUCGUCACACCCCUGGCCGCUCAUCUCCCCGGGCGCCAAGGCGCUGCUCUCGCGCAUGCUCCACCGCGACCCCUCCGCCCGCCCCACUGCCGAGCAGCUGCUGGGGGACCCAUGGAUCCGGGGGCAGGAGGCGGAGGAGCGGCCGUUGCAGAGCAUCAUGCUGCCGCGCAUGAAGCGCCUCAGCGCCAUGUCCAAACUGCGCCACCUCGCCCUUCUGGUGACGACGCGGCACAUGGGGGAGGAGCAGGAGAGGGAGCUGAGGGCGGUGUUCUGUGCGGUGGGCGCGGACCAGGGGGGCGCGCUCAGCCUCCAGGACCUCACUGCUGCGCUGCGCAGCGUGGGGGCGGCUCUCAGCGACGAUGACAUCCGCCGCAUCUUUGCCUUCGUGGACGUGGACGGCAGUGGCAGUAUAGAGUACGCGGAGUUCGUCGCAGCCACCACCGUGCUGCACCGCGACCGCCAUGCCGCCGCAAUCAAACACGCCUUCCAGGAGAUGGAUGCGGAUGGGUCGGGAGCGGUGAGCGUCGAGGAGUUUGCGGCGGUGUGCUGCCGGCUGGGCAUGGGAGAUCUGGAGGAGAUGCGCGAGAUAAUUGCAACUGCCACGGCCGCUGAAUAUGGCAACGAGGCGGGGUCGCUCCAAGCAGAGGGCAGCGGAGCGGCGGGCGAGAAGCAGAUAGACUACAAGGACUUCCUGGCACUGGUCACGGGGUCAGGGCAGGAGGACCACCGCGUCGAGUCCUGGCUCGCUGCCGCGCUGCUCUGA